AUGGCCUCCUUCAAAGCAUAUACAAUCAACUUAACGUUUAUGCUAGCUUUCUUUGCAUCUCCCAUUCUUGCCGUUCCGCGAAACAACGUCAACACAAUGAAGGUCUUUGUUCGUACUGAUGACUUUGCCUACGUUGAGUCACCGGAAUUGGCAACAGCCAUAGCUGUUGAGCAAGCGGCCUUGCCUGUUGAGAAACGUUCACACAUUCAGGUCCAGGCUUGCACUAAUGCAGACUGCACAAGCUGUAGGACUGUUCUCAAUGCAGAUUUCAGUGGAAACACCGGAUGCUUGUCGGCUCAGAGUACAGCUUGUCUUAUCAUAUCAGAUAUCACUUCAGCACAAGUUUGGUACUGGAACAACAACAAUUGUAAUGGAAACUUGAGCAAGUUCCAGGGUUGCCCAAGUGGAAGUACGAAUGUUGCUUCACCUGGGACAAACUCCAUUGGAAUCCAUACCGGCUGCAACUAGGUUUAUAUUUCUUGAUUCAUGUCACGUUAGUAGGAUGAGGUAUUAGAUUGAGCAACGUAGAAGGAGUGCAGGCCUUCAGCC